AUGGGGGAUGCCAUCCUGCCCGCUGGGCGAGCCCCAGGGGACGGGGCUGGCGUGAGGCGGCACCGGGCGCCCAUGGGCAGCUCUGUCUUGGAUCACCAAGAAAGACACAACAAACCGGGGAGCCGGGGUACGGCAGACGGGGACCUCCAAAUGCGAAAGGAAAGGCAAGAAACGGCUUGGGGACAAAGUCCACGGUCGCUGGAAGCAGCGGUGGUGUGGUGGGGAGGAACAGCCGGUGCUGCGGGAGGAGGGCACGGCCCCGUGCACGAGAGCACUGGUGCUGCCCACCCUCUGCUCCUUUCUUCCUCGUAUUUGCAGGAUCGGCCCCGAAAUGAAGUUCUAACCGGCAUCGUGGUGGGUCGGUGGUGCUGGGAGCGGCUGGGCAGAGCCUCUGGAGAGGACGCGUGUCAUUUCUAUGAUGCAAUCAGCUGUGCAACACUGGAGAUAACACUUUUGUCUAGAUUAGCGAAUGUUAACACGUGGGAUAGACAAGAUAACUACCUGCGGGUCAGCCCUGGAAGGAUCCUGGUGCAGGAUAGUCGCUUUGCCCCAGGGAGAAGGAACCAUCGCCAGCUUCUCCUUCCAUCACCGUGGAGCUGCCUCGUGAGGCCGCAUCGGCCGACUCAGCAGUAUCGCACCCACCGGGGACGAGCGGUGGCAUUUAGCUAUUGCAGGUUUGGAGCUUCGGCGCACGGCUGGGGUGCCCCACGGCAGCUCUUUACCUGCAUCCCUCGGGAGCAACCAACCUCCUCCAGCAUCGCCGUGCAACCGCAGCCGGGCAGAGCCAGGCGCGCUGUAACGAGCCCACCUUCGUUUGCAGGCGAGGGGAAACCGCGGAGAGGACAAGGCUGGAGCCCUCGGGGUCACCGGUCUGCUCUCAAACACGCGUACCCCCAAGCCACAGCGCCCAGCCGGCACAGGAUCGAUGCCCCCAGCCUCUUCCACGGGCUGGGGGAGGUCCUGGUCUUCACACUCCAUCGAGGCAGAGAUGCUGGAGGAGGAAAGGGGAUCGCAAGCACCACGCAGGCUGCACCUGGCCGUUUCCAGCCCAUUCUGGCUCGGAUCUCCCCAGAGGGUUUCCUCCAGAGCCAUCGGCACGUGGAAGCGGGAUUUAAUGUCAAACGAGCCAUAAGAAACAGUGGCGACAGCCCCGGCUUCCCCGCGGCGCCGGGGAGAGGCUGGGAUACAAACCCCUCGUUCCAGCAGAAGUGGGGUUUGGUUUUCCACCCGUUCUCUCCGAUGGAUGUCCCGGUUGAGCAUCCUUCUGCCUGGCUCUGCCCCGGAUUGAGUCCCCAGCCGUGACCCCCAGCAUGCCCCCCCCCGCAGCCGAGCAGCGUCAAGCUCGUCCCUCGGGAUGCUCUGCUCCCCCCACCCCGGCUGCUCCCCUGGGAGCAAACUAAUCCAUUGAGUAUUUAAUUGAUUCAUCGUUUUCUGCCUUCCCCUUAUAGGUACGAGAGUUUUCCUAACCCUUCUAAUUCAUGCAGGCUUGUUUUUGCCACUGAGGGGCUUUCCCCCCCCCCCUCUGUGCACAA